AAAGGCAGCACUAGCCUACAUGAGGUAGCAGAAAGAAGACAUCUAGGUAUUGCUAUCAGCAGGACAUUAACCAUGGAAAAACAGUCCAAAGUGGUGUUUCGAAAUGUGGGGCAACUCUACUUUCCCCAAACAAGAGUUGAGUGCCACUACAGCCUGACCUCAGACCAUCACUGGAGCAGCAGUGACUGGAUAGGGCUUUUUGAGGUGGGCUGGUCAUCAGUGAAAGAUUAUUAUACAUAUACAUGGGCUCUCGCUCCUGAGGGCUAUACUAAAGGAACUGAUGUCAAUUGCUGUGCACUUUUCCACUCUUCUUACCUGCCUCGCCCCAGUGCUACGGAGUACCAGUUUGUCUAUGUGGAUGAGAGGGGAGAGGUGUGCGCUUCUAGUCGCUCCUUCACUUUCUGUGCUCCCAAGCCACUGGAGGAGCUGGAGACUAUGAAGGCGGAGCAGGGUGAGGAGGAGGAGGACGGUGCCGAGGAGUUGCUUCUUGUCAUCCCCAAAGCCCAACUCCUGCAGAGUCGGCUGGAGGAAUGCCUCAAAGAACAAGCAGAUUUAAAACAGGCUCUGGAAGCGGCAACAAAAGACAAAGACACUGACAGAGAGAAGAGCGAAGAAGACAGGAAGGAGUGGGAGUGUGAGAGAGAAGCAAUGAGGGAAGAGAUCUCAGAGCUCAGAGAGAAUCUGAGAAUUAAGUGUGAGAUGCUGAAGAGGAUGGAGGGAAAGCACCAGGAUGUGAAGUACAACCAGGAAAGCCUGUCCUCUGAGCUUAAUAACCUUUUGGCUGAAAAAGCUGAAAGUCAGCAACAAAUAAAAGACCUCCAAGAUGAAAUCAAGGUUCUAAUUGACAGAAGAAUAGAGGAAGAUACUGAACUGCAAAGGAUGAAGGAGAGAAUGAAGAAAAUGUCCAGUCAAAUGAAGCAUGAAGAGGGAAAAAUAAAGUCUCUGCAGGGAGAAAAUGGGUCUGCUCUGUCGGAGAUACGAGGACUGCAGGAGCGUCUGGUGGCUAGUGAGCAUAUAGCUGAGAGUCUGCGCCGGGAGCUGAGAGAACUGGGGGCCCAGCAGGGCCACACCCACACUGAGCUGCACCAAGCCCGGCUGCAAGUAGCCCAGCUCACCCUGCAGCUCUCAGAGGAGAACCUGAUCCUCAGGGAGGAGCGGGCCAACUGGGCUCUGGAGAGAGAAGCUUACAAACAAGCAGCAGAAGCUGAUAAAAAGAAAUUGCAGGAACUGAGUUGUGAUGUGCAGAGGAAAGAGGAGUGGCUUCAGGAGGAGAGGAUGGAGAGGGAGAAGCUCGAAGUAGAGCUUGGGAGUGAGAGAGACUGCAGUCGAGUGCUGCUAAAUGAUGCUAAGCGGGAGGUGCAGGAGUUGAAAAGCAGCGUGAGAAAACUCCAAAAGGAGAGUGAGCAGCAGCAACAGGAGAAACAGGACCUGCUGGACUGCAUCCGUCAGCUGGAGCAGAAACUGGAGACUGCUUCAGAAGCUAAGUCAGCUCACAGCUCAUCAUCUGAGGACGACAAGGCCUCUUCCGAGACAGACUCCAUCCAAAGCGAAGGAGACACACAGGAUGAGAAGAAGCUGUGUUUGGGGCCAAAACCUGCUGAAGUCAAGGUGCUGCUUCUGACACACCUCAACCCCGCCCUGAGGUGA